GCAGGUAUUGUGAGUGAAAGUCGAGCUUGUGAUUCGAUUCGGCGAGAAUGUCAUUGUACGAUGACGAAGACAUUGGAACCGGCGUUUCAAAAUGGUCUCCGGGAGGAAUGAAACUGUUGCAGAGCCACGUGCAGCAAAAGAACAGAGUCAAUCAGUUAACUGGCCUUGCGUCCAAGAGUAAAUCGAAGCAAUGGAUCGCUCCGGUGGUGGAUCUCAACUCUAAAGACUCCGGUUCGGGGUUUCCAAAAUCCGGGGCGAUGUUCGGCACGUCGAGGGCUACAAAGGAGAGUCAAAGUGCGUUGGCAACUGCGUCAGCCACUUUGCUGUAUAGCGAUCUGGCGACACCAGUAAACGAAGAAUACGAUCCGCUCAGACCGAACGACUACGAGAAAGCUGUGAAAGCACUGCGGGCUAGGGACGACGAACGUCGAUCAGAAGAGGAGAAAACCAGGGAUAAGGAUCGUUACAGCGAUCGUGAACGUAGGAAGCCACGACCGGAAACGGACAGGGACCGAGAAAAAGAUAGGGAUCGCGAAAGGGAUCGUGAUCGAAGUAAAGGGGAUCGUAGACGCACUCGUGAAGAUUCUCCGCCUAUGGGAGCGAGGAAUUUGGAAGGAUUCUGCCGUGUUCGAGGUGAAAGCGACGAUGAAGACGAUUCCAAAUCGAAAAGCAGGGAUAAGCCUCGUCGAGACCGGCCUGGGGCAAUGAUAGCACCUCCUCCGUCACUCCAGUCGGAGAAGGAAAGUAACGGAUCUGCAGGAUUGAAUUCUCCAGCGUCAGGUGGCAGCACGGGCCUUGCGAUUGCCGCAAAAAUCAUGGCGAAAUACGGGUAUAAGGAAGGACAAGGACUUGGCAAGCACGAACACGGAAUAUCCACAGCUUUGCAAGUGGAGAAAACCAGCAAGCGAGGUGGUCGAAUUAUUCACGAGAAUCAGUUGAUGCCGCCGCCACCGGUUCCGGGAGUGGCGCCGGAUAAUGAAAUCGCAGCGAAUUUAAUGCCUCCCCCACCGCCGCCGGGCGUGAUGCCGCCACCACCGCCACCCGGAGGCCCUCCCCCAGGUGCAGUGGCUGCUGCCCCGGCGGCUGAAGAAAAGCCGGAAGACGAAAAUAACAUCACUGAGAUCAUGAAAAAACCCUCGAAGGUCGUCCUGUUGAAGAAUAUGGUCGGACCUGGUGAAGUUGACGACUUCCUGGAAACUGAAGUAAAAGACGAGUGUACGCAGAAGUAUGGAGACGUGAUCAAAGUGAUCAUUUUCGAAAUACCAAACCAAAUUCCGGAGGAAGCCGUGCGCAUUUUUGUGGAAUUUCGACGAAUGGAAUCUGCCAUAAAGGCCGUGGUAGACUUGAACGGACGAUUUUUUGGUGGACGCACAGUGAAAGCUGGUUUCUAUGAACAAACGCGGUUCUGUGCGCUUCAGCUAGGAGAUUGAGGAUAAAUCUCAAUACAGCUUCUUUUCGCCGUUGGGGAAUCCUUCUCUUCUGUUACAUUUGUUUGAAUGGGUUUUUGUUGAUUUGAACCUUGGAACUUUUUAUUCGCCGCGGAAGAGCUCGAAGCAUUACACCGAUUUAUUAAAAAAAA